AUGGGGAAAAAGAAACCACAAUUGAUACUGCUUGAUCAUGGUCUUUACAGAGAGCUCAAUUUUUCUACUAGAAUAAACUAUGCUGCACUUUGGAAGGGUCUAGUUUUUGCUGAUGUUAAGGCCAUCAAGGACAAUAGUAUAAAACUUGGUGCUGGUGAAGAUCUUUAUGUUCUAUUUGCCGGAGUACUCACUAUGAGGCCUUGGCAAAAGGUUGUGGAUCCAUCAGCAGACCACUUAGUUAUCAAGGGAAAUCAGGAUGACCGUGCAGAACUACAGGUAUUGAGCCUAUUUGUAUUAGUCAAUACUGCCUCUGAAACUUUAAAAAAAAAAUCAUGAAAAUAGGAUUUAUUGGGUGGGUUUUACUCUUGGAUUCUCUAUGUAAUUAACAAGUGUUGAAU